UCAUUUUUUACGCAUAUCAUUAUUUUGCUGAAAAAAGAUAAUCCAGUCGAUGAGAAGGCAUUGGGCAUUCCCGUUCAAUUGGGACGGGAGCUACGUGCAAGUGUGAGUGAGAAAAUUAAGGAUUUUUCGUUGUUCACCACGGAAAUUCUUCCACAGUAACAGAUAAUGUACCGCUCGUCGACCAGAACAUCAUUUCUUGGUAAUGGACGUACAAAAACACCAGUUGAGGGUCUCUUUUGUAUGUAUAGUCAUAGAGUGUGCAUGCAAAAUAGACUUGAAGGGUACGAGUACUGUUUGAAACAUAUACUUGAAGACAAAAACGCUCCUUUCAAACAGUGUAGUUAUUCAUCGGGGAAACUUGGAAAGAGAUGUACUAAUGCAUCACCGAAAUCAGACAGGAAAGACGGAUACUGUAUGGAGCAUGCAAGACGUGCCAUGUUGGUGAGGCAGAGAACAUCGAGGAAGAAACGCCCUAAAGAAAGUCCCGAGACUUUGCUAGAAGGUCUGGAUCAUUAUACUACAUUUGGUCGGGCUAACAGUGAUGGACAUAAAGAGAAAUCGUUCACUGUUGCCAGUAAAGCUUUAGAAUAUGCAAGUUCAAGUGACUCUGAUGCAGAAACUCCAGUUGUUGAUCAGGCAUGGAGAGGAGAUGGUGAUAGUGAUGCUGAGAGUGUGGAUAGUGAGCAAGAGGAUCUUUUAAAACAUGCUGGGGUAUACACUGCUGAAGAGGUUGCUCUGAUAAUGCGUGACAAAUUAAUACGUUUACAGUCAUUAUAUAUAGACCAAUUCAAGCGUUUACAACAUGUUAUGAAGGAGAAAAGGCGCAAAUACCUACACACAGUAGAUACUGAGAGGGAAAUGUUAGGUGGAAUUGGUCAGUAUGCAAAGGAUGUAGAUAGCCAGGAGAAUUGGAAUAGAUAUACAGCUAUGAAAAGAUAUCAUAAAAGAUUUGGUGUGGAAGCGUUAUUACAUCGUCAGUCAAAGGAAAGACGGAUAGCCGUAUCUGAGGGAAGUAACUACAAGCCGCCAGCGUUACAUAAGUGUAUACAUACACAUUUAGGAGAGAAAUGCCAGAGUCCAAUUGUUCCUCUGUCUAAAUACUGCCUUAAACAUAUUUUAUAUGAUGGCCACCAGGUGUUGUUCAGGAGUUGUAAGUUUGGAGAUGGAGACUGUGAUCAGCCAGUGGCAUCACAUGACGAUGUACCAUACUGUAACUUACAUACAAAGAUACCUAAAGAUCUGGAUACUAGCAAUGCCAGCCUGUCUGAGAGUCCAAUGAAGACUGAAGCGCCUGUUGAAGAUAUCAUAGAUGUAACAACAGACAUUCCAAUGGACACAGAACCAACUAUGUCAACAAGUACUGUUGCGAUGGAAAAGACAGACACAAAACAAAAAGCCAGCGAUCAGGGAGAUCCAGUAUCAGAAGAGGUUCUUAUGAAGAAGGGGAAAUAUUUAUUACAGCAUCUGAAGAAUUUAGAUCCUCUCACAGGCGAAUUUACUACCAUUGAACCAUCUACAUCUGGGAAAUCAUGAAAACUCUUGUUCGGUUACUCUACCAAGAUAGUAAAGAAUUUAAUGUGCCAUAAAGUAAUGUGCAGCAUAGUUACUUUAAUAGAUAGCUGUUAUGUUUAUGAUUAAAGCUAAGAGGAAUAGGAGCAAAAGAGAAUAUAUGUAGUGCUUGUUACAGCAAGUUUGGGGAUCAUUUGAUUGAAUAUAAUUUGAUGUUUUGUUUUAGUGCUAUUGAAAUAUAUGGAAACAAUAAUGUAAUAAGAAUAAAAAAAUGUAAACGCUAAAAAAAUAGUUUAUUAAAUAAUCAAAUGAG